AUGCUUCUCCAUCUCCAAGUAUAUAUACGCUAAUAGUAGUCAUCGUUUCAAGUGCUUUGCUUGCACGUCUCAUGCAUGACACAACUGUACGUGGUUGAAUUUGGGUCAGCUUAGACGCACCUCGACUAAUUUGUUACCUUCCACCACCACAGUUAUUAGAGAGAAUACAAAGUCAUGGAAUCUAUCCGGGCAUACUUGAACAGUCCUAUGGGUCCUAAAACAACUCACUUUUGGGGUCCUAUGGCCAACUGGGGAUUUGUCAUCUCUGGAAUGAUGGAUGCAAAUAAGCCCCCAGACACAAUAUCUGGCAACAUGACUGCAGUAUUGUGUGUAUUUUCGAUGUUGUGUAUGAGAUUUGCAUGGAUGGUGAGGCCUCGCAAUCAUAUGCUACUAACUUGCCAUGCUGCAAAUGAAUCUGUGCAACUCUACCAACUUUCUCGUUGGCUCGGACAUCAACGGAACCUCCAACAGAAGGAAGACGUGGCAGCUUUCAAGUGACUUUAUUUACUUUUUUCCCCCAAAAAAAAAAUAGAAACGUAUUAGUUUCCCACAAGCUUAGUUAUGUACCAAGGAAAUUGUGUAAGCAUAAGAACCUUAAACUACUAGGAAGCGUGAUUAUAGUGCAGAAGGAAUAGGCCAUCAGCCUUGUUCUCUUUUGCACUUCAAAACUGACUCUUGCACUAGUAAAGAGUGAAAUUAAAACCACUUAAAAACAGCAGCUAUCUAAACAGAUUGCUUGGUGUAUUAAAUAUCAUGGUUGAGAAAAGCAGAUUCUAAGGAA